ACUCCCAAUAUUUACCUCCCCCCCUUGCCUAAACCGCGGUUUUUUCUUAACGGCCCUUCAGUGUUUUUGCUUCCAGCAAUUCUCCCCGCCUAUCCGCGCUCUCCGCCCGCCAUGGCUCUUCACACUAUUGCCGUGACCACCGGCUCGAGCCUCUCGCACAUCGCGUGCCCAGACAGGUCGCGCACGGCGGCGAUCGAGCGGUCGUUCGACACCGCGCGGGUGUCGACCUCCGCGCCGAGAGCCCGCAAUGUCGCCGUGGCUGCUUCCGCCAGCGCCUUCCCCUCCGCCACUGCCGCCUCCGCCUCCGCCUCCCCCAUUCUCCUAAACCCCCUGGCGCAAACGUCGCUGAGCGACCCGUUCGUGAUGGCGUCGUCCCCGUCGACAGCGGCGGCGCAGCGGCACGCGGAGGCGGACGUGAUGGGGCUGCUGCUGCGGCAGCGCAUCGUGUUCCUGGGCGCGGAGCUGAACGACUUCGUGGCGGACGCCAUCGUCAGCCAGUUGCUGCUUCUCGACGCGCAGGACCCCAACCGCGGCAUCCGCCUCUUCGUCAACUGCCCCGGCGGCUCCAUCAGCGCGGCGAUGGCUAUCUACGACGCGAUUAACUACUGCCGCGCGCCCGUGUCCACCGUGGCAUUCGGGCUCGCGGCGUCCACGGCGGCCGUGGUGCUGGCGGGCGGCAGCAAGGGGCGGCGCAUGGCCAUGCCGAACGCGCGCAUCAUGAUGCAUCAGCCCAUGGGCGGAGCCAGCGGCCAGGCCAUCGACGUCGAGAUCCAGGCCAAGGAGAUCAUGUACCACAAGUCCAACAUUGCGAGGAUACUCUCUGAAAUCACCGGGCGCUCAGCUGAGCAGGUGGAGAAGGACAUUGAUCGUGAUCGCUAUAUGUCACCAGUGGAGGCCAUGGAGUACGGCCUCAUCGAUGCUGUCAUUGACAGCGAUGCCAUCCUGCCCCUGCAGCCAUCACCUGAGCGGGUGAAGCCCCGGAGGGAACACCUUGAGGCCGAUAAGGAUCCUCGCAAGUUCCUCAUUCCCACCAUCCCUGACUCAGAGAUCUUUUAGCUUUGGCUCGGCAUGUCCACUCCACUCCUUGUCCAGCUUCCUAGACCUAUAUAGUUCCAUGUAGGUCGACGUGUCUUCCCUGUCGCAUCACUUGCUGCCUCGACACCAUAUCACAGCCAGUUGGUAGAACUAAGACGUCAGUAGUUUGAGGUGCGUGAAACUCAAACAAAGGAUGACUUGCAGUGUUCGAUAUGCAUGAUUCAGCAUGCAUGGUCAUUUCAUGGUUCCUCCCAAUCUACAUAG